GCACUCCAAGGAAGCAAACGGCAUGAGACACUGUAUCAGUUCAUUGCCUUCUGGUGUCUUCUCUGCAGGGGAACAUUUUGUGGACCGGCACCGAGCAGAGCUAAUUCAACGGGUCUCUAUGGUGGAUGGGGUCCUGGACAUGCUGUGUGGCACUGUGCUGGAUAACGAGCAGUACCAGAGCAUCCGAGCCGAGAGAAGCAACCCGGAGAAGAUGCGGAAGCUGUACGAGCUCAUGCCGAGCUGGAACCGGGUCUGCAAGGACCGGCUGUACCAUUCACUGAAGGCCAAGCACAAGUUCCUCAUUGAAGAACUUGAGGGGAAAUGAACGCAAUAAA